CAUGGGCUCGGCCGCGGGCGGGCGGGCGCGCUACCUCGUAUACUUCCAGUACGUGGGCACCCACUUCAAUGGGGUCGCAGCUGUGAGGGGCACCCAGCGCGCUGUUGGCGUACAAAACUACCUGGAGGAGGCCGCAGGGCGGCUGAAAUGCCUGGCACCUGUCAGGUUCACCAUUUCCAGCCGCACCGAUGCCGGGGUCCAUGCCCUCAGUAACACAGCGCACGUGGACCUUGAGCGUGGCCCAGGCCAGCCAGCCUUCUCCCCGGAAGUCCUGGUCCAGGCCCUCAACACCCACCUGCGGCACCCGGCCAUCAGGGUCCUGCAGGCUUUUCGAGUGUCCAGCGACUUCCACGCCCGCCAUCAUGCCACAGCCAGGACCUACGUGUACCGGCUGGCCACUGGCUGCUCCCAGGCAGAGGAGCUCAGCGUGUUUGAACGACACCUGUGUUGGCCUCUUCGGGCACACAGCCUGGACCUGCCGGCCAUGCAGGAGGCAGCUCAGCACCUGCUCGGGACUCACGACUUCAGUGCCUUCCAGUCGGUGGGCAGCCCAUCCAGCAGCCCUGUGCGCACAAUGAGACGCGUGGCUGUGGCCCCCAGUCCCAGCAGCCCCUUGCUGCUCCCGGAGGAGAGCAGGAAGCUACAGUUCUGGAGCCUGGAGUUUGAGAGCCAGUCCUUCCUGUACCGGCAGGUGAGUGCCCCCUCCCCGGGCCUCUGGGGCGGACUAGGGCUCCAUGCCAGCGUGGGCUUUGGCUCGCAGGUACGGAGGAUGACAGCUGUGCUGGUAGCUGUGGGACUGGGCACCCUGACGCCUGCCCAAGUGAAGGAAAUUCUGGAGAGCCGGGACCCGCUGGGCAAAUACCAGGCCCGUGUGGUCCCAGCUCACGGCUUGUUUCUGAAGUCAGUGCACUAUGGAGGCCUUGAAGACUCAGGAGCUGCAGGUGACCCUGGACACGCUCAAGGCCUGGCCACUGCUCCUGGAAGUACGUGAGGUGUGCCCACCACCCUGGACGCCCGGCACCCAGAUGUGGGUGAACAGGAAACAGCUAAGCUUCAGUUGUUGGUUUUACUGAAAAUGUGAGGCACCACCCCAAGAUGGUGCCCGGGGUGAAUAAAAACAAGGCCAGGAGGCUCUGA